GAUAUUCCCAUCCUGCACCGCGAGAGCGCUGUCCGCGGUGCUGAAGAGCAUCCCUGGGCUGCAUUGGCGGCGGCGGCUACCACUUUAUGCACAGCGCCUUCUUCUUCUUCUUCCUCCUUCAAGUCGCACCUCGGGAUCAUGGGGCCCUGAAGAAGCCGAAUCCCGAGAGGAGGAAGAGGGCCAUGACUAUGAUGAUGAGGAUGGAGGACAAGAAGAAGACCAGCCCCUUCCACCGGAGCUGCCCGGAGGCCGGAGGAGGAGGAGGAGGAGGAGGAGGAGGAGGAGGAGGAGGAGGAGGAAGCGGCGCUGCUCCUUCUUCCCAGCUGGAGGCCAAGAUCCAAGCGGCGGUGGAGUUCAAGGCCGAGGGCGCCCGCUGCUACAAGCAGAAGAAGUUCCGCGAGGCCAUCGGGGAGUAUCACCGCGCCCUCAUGCAGCUCAAGGGCCUCCCGGGCGAAGGAGACGAGAAAGAAGGGCCGGCAGCGGAGAAGAAGAAGAUCCUACUCGGCGGGGAGGCGAGUCUUCCUUGGAGAAGGCUCUCCGAGGAGCAGCGGGCCCUGGUCGAGAGCACCGAGAUCGAGUGCUACAACAGCCUGACAGCUUGCCUGCUGCAGUCAGAGCUGGUGAACUAUGAGCGCGUGCGGGAGUAUUGCCUCAAGGUCCUUGCCAAGGAGAAGAGUAACUUCAAAGCCAUGUACCGGGCCGGCAUUGCCUUCUACCAUCUUGGGGAUUAUGACAACGCCUUGCUCUAUUUGAAAGAGGCCAAGAAGCGCGAACCUACAGACACCAAUGUCCUGCGCUACAUCCAGCUAACCGAGAUCAAGAUCAGCCGCUGCAACCAGCGGGAGAAGGAGGUGAUUGUGUAGCGGCGUUGGACCUGCCUUGCCAGAGCUCUUCCCCCACCCCACUCAACCCACAUGUCAGUGACAGACAGAGCCUUCUACACAUGGUGCCAAUUGUGCCCGGAAUCCGCCCGCUGCCCUCCAUGCUCCAGGAAGAUGCCAUCAGGUGCCCACCAUGCCCUGGCAAUGCCACAGCCAGAGAACUCCCAGCAGAGAGCAGCACUGCCCUCCGAAGCCAGUAUGGCUCCUGGUCCUUUCGGCUGUGGGACGUGAUAAUGUAGCAUUUCGCCAGAACACUGUUGGGGUUGCUUAAUUUUUUUAAAGAAAAAUAGAUGAGAGAAUUUUC